AGUAUACAUAUAUCUAUGCUGUGAUUAGUUAAAUUUGUCGUGUGAAUCUCGUGCUUAACUGUAUCAGUAUUGCGUUGCAUAUGUAUAUCAGCAAUUAAGAUUUGAUAAAACGCAGGAAUAUAAGUGAUACCACUAAUAAUCGAAGAUUGUGCUUGACUGAGUAAUUUGUGAAAGCAACUUAUUGACUUCUGAUGAUUAAAUGCCGAUCUCAUGUUGCGGAAAAUGAAUAAGAAGAAAAAUAUCCUGCAAUUCAUAAAAAGUUUUCAUAAAAAGAUUUUCAUAGUAAUUUUCUUGCAUUUAUAUUUUCACAUAUAUAUGCGUAUAUUUUACUUAUACAAUGUGUUUCUGUAUACUGUUAUUAUAUUCCUAUAUUGUAUAAGUAUAUUACAUAUAUAUUAAACAAAGAAUAUAAAUAGUCAUGUUGGGAAUUCCCAUGUUGGGAAAAGAGAUAUUAGUUGACAAAAUGGAAGAUAGCAGCAGUAAAGAUAACAAUGUUAUGAACUCAGAAUCAAAACUAAAUAGAUUGUUCAUAAAUUGGACUUCAUUGACUCCAUUACAUGAAAAGAGCUUCUUUUUAAAACAUCGAUUUGGUUCACCUAGAUUGCUCAGUAAAUCAGUUCCAAGAAGAAAUAAAAGCUUAUUUCAAUACAAAAUAAAUAGAUCUUUGAACUUUGAUCUUGUUAGUUCAAGAAAGCAUAGUUGGUCUAAAUCACCAAAUUCAAGUUUAGACGAUGGAGAUCAUUCUUUUAAUAAGGAUAAAUCAUUACGAGAUUUAUCUAGAUCAGCUAAAAUAAUGAGAGCACUUAGUUCUGAUCACAAUUUGUUGAGGCAUAGAAAUAUGAGUAUAAAAAGAUCGUUGAAUUUUGAUUUAACUCCGAGUCCAGAGAAAAGCAAUAGCAUUGACAGCAAUUCCCAUAUGGAUUCAAUCAAUGUUACGUUAUCAAGUUCGGCCACAAGUUCUUCCUUAUUAGGUGAAUUUAUGAAACUAGAAACAAAUUCAUCUAAUUCUACUGCGAAUAGCGCGCUGGAAUCAAUGGAUGAAAAUCAGAAUCAAACGCCUCAGCAGAACAGAAAAAUGAUCAAAAUAUCAAACAAUAGAACUUCUGAUGCAAAAGAAAAUGUAAGUGAGUCAGAAUCAUCCUGUUCUACAUCGUCGUUUCAAAGUCCCAAGGAUAACAUUGACAAUAUGCUAUGCAUGACACAAACACCUGAUUUACAAUGUUUGAAACGAGACAAUAGAUCAAGAGCAUUCAACUGUGUUAUCAUUGCAAGUACACCCAGGAAUUUAUUCCAAGAAUUUGAUCAAAAUGAAGAUAAUAGGCCAUGUACACCUGAAAAUAUAAUGCGUUUAAUUCCACAGAGCAUAAGUUCUAUCAAGAAGAGCCAUAAAAAGGAGAAGCUGUAUUGUCACGAGGAAGAAUCUCUUACACGACAGAUCAAUGUUUCUGUAAGGAAGAAGUUUCAUACAAACAUACAGAUAGAAUCAUUGGAAACAGAUGUGUUUACAAAUGCUAGUUGCAGUAUUGCUUCUAUAACAAAAUCUCUGAAGAAAAACAAAAGUGUUAAAAAAACACUUAUUUAUGAUUUGGAUGAUAAACUUGUUGACACUACAUCAGGUUUUGAUGAUGAUGCACAAUGGAAGACUGCAUCAAGGAAGAAUGAUUUACCAGAGGACAGAUCAAACAAAACGGAAAGUGCCAAAGUAGGGGAUAUUGAUUCAAUCGAUUGUGAAAAGUCCAAGGAAGAUAGUGACAGUAUACAUUUUGGAAGUCACAACAGUGAAGAAGAAAAUUGCUCUAACGAAAACUCUUGUGAUAAGGAAGUACAGCAGCCAUCUUUACAAGAAGACUCGGUAAACAUUUGUAGAGUCAAUGCGUCGAAUGAGAAUAGAGAAGUAUCUACGAAAUCUAACUCACCUGCUUCUCAAAGUUCUAAUGGAGCAGCUACACCUGAAAACAGCUUUAACAUUCUAGACCAUGUGUUCACAGAAUCAAUUAAGAAAUCACAUAAGAAAAUUAAACAUGAAAAUAGAAAAGCGUUAUUCAAAACAAAAUCUCUUCAUGAAAAGAUAGCAGCAGAACCUGAGACGACAGCUCAAGAUACUUAUAACAAUGAUCAAUGUGAAGAUAUUAAAAAUAAGACAAUGGAUACCUCAAGUUCGCCGAAUUCUAAUCGACCAAGCACACCUGAAAAUAUAAAUUCAAGUAGACUUUUACUGCCUUUAUUUAAUUCAAUUAAAAAGUCACACAAAAAAGAUAAACUUGGCAAAAAGAUCUAUAGCUUUUCUAAAAGCUAUAAAUAUGAAAAUCUUACAAAUACUAAUAAAAUCUCACGCAGGAACAAGUCACUUAGAUUAAAAGAAUCUCCUGACAUCUUGGGAUCCAACAAAAGAAAAAAGUCAAAAAGCAUGUCUUUACUAAGCAAUACAUGCAAAUCGCAAUCUUUGGAAUAUAAAGAUGCAAGUGAUGAAUAUAAAGAUGCAAGUGAUGAAUUUAAGAUUUAUACUCCUAUUAAAAAAGUGCCAUUAUCUCUGUUCACUGUCACGAAUUGUGCAGAUGAAACUUCACAAGAAUAUCCUAUCCAAACAUCAAAGGAAAUCAAUUGUUCCAGAUGUGUAACGCCAGUUAUACAUUAUUCAGAAAAAUUGAGAGAAAGCAAUGAUUUGAUAUCUAAAAAAUGCGCUAAUAUUAAACAAUUCGUGACUGAUGAAUGUGUUUUGAAGGAUAAAUCAGCAGACACUAUAAAUCUGAAGAAUAAAAAUGGCAGAUCAAGUCCUUUACAUAAGUCGACAACAGAACUGCUUGAUAAUGUAAACUCUAUUAAAAAAUCGCAUAAGAAAGACAAACAUGACCGCAGUGUACGUAGGAGACGAGUUUUAGGGAAGAAACAAUCGUAUACCAAGGAAAGUAGAAAUGGAAAUGUUGCAAGUAACGUAAAGGUAUUGGAAGAGCAUGCAAGUUUGCCAUUCAAAUCUUUGAAUGUUGACAAUCAUUGCGCCGAGAUGGAAAUAUAUAGCAAUAUCCUUGAUGAGAAGCAAAAUAAAAGCUACAACGAAAUUGUGCAGGGCAGUCCUCAACCAUCUACAAGUCAAGCAAAUGACAGUUUUGAAAAUGCAACAAAUAUCGAACAAUCAGAACUUCUAAGUACAACGCCUUCAAAUGAUGUAAACGCGAUAAAUUUCAUCAAAGUGCUGCAUACAACUUCCAUUAAAAAGUCUCACAGAAAGGAACGUGACGAUAACGCGCAAGCCAAGUACAUUUUGAUGAGCGAAGAGCAUGAAUUAUCUGAUGAUGGAUCGAUAUUCAAUGAGGAUGAUAGACUGAACUUAACUGAAAGCUUUGGCUUAUGUCAAGAUAGUGACGAUGAAAUGAUAAACUAGAUUAGGUUGUAGAUAGAUUAGAAUAAGAUUUACUAGAUGAUAUUGCUGAAAUAAGAGAAAAUGAAUUAUAUAGAAUAUCGUUUUUUUUUAGGUGCAGAUAAAUUUUAAUAAGGAAUUUUCUUCAAACUAUUUAAUCGUUAACAUUAAAUAUCGCAAAGCUAGUAAGCUUUGAAUUAAACUUGUAUUAAAUAUGAAUUAUAUAAAGAUAGAAAUUAUGUGAAGAACAAGAUUUAGAUUUUGCUCUCCAGCGGUUUAUCAUUCGUGAGAAACCUUUGCUCAUAAUGCAAAAUCUGAUAUCUGAUAUGAUGCAAAAUCUUGAUAUCUUGUAGAAAAUUUUCAAGUAAGCUAAAUAUAAAUAUUAAUUAUAAUUAAAAUUGUGAUCAUGGUCUGAUGCUUUGUAUAUUCUGUUUACAGGUUUAGAAGGAUAUUGAACAAAUAAUUAUAACAUGUUUUUUAAUUUACUAUUCACAUUUUAGAAUUCUGUUUCAUAUGUUUAAAUCAUAAGUUAAUCAAAUGAUAAGUGAACAAAUAUGUUGUAAUAAUUAAAGCUAUAAAAUUAAAGAAGGUAAUGGAUUUCUAUAUUUCAAGCAAAUGAUUUGAAUUUAAGUAGUUGCAAUAUCAUCUAGUGGAUACAACCACAGUUAACAGCGAUUAUUUGUCGAUUGUUUAAAACAGUGUCUUUCAAAGAUAUAUUGAACUUAUAUACUUGAUGACUGAGACACUAACAAUAUUCUAAGAACACACAUAAUGCUAAUUUUGAUAAGCAUUGUACAUUUAAUAUCAAACGUAGAUCUAAUAUUUUCCUUGAUUAAUUUUCGACUGUUUUGUUUUUAGAAUAUUUUUACUUAUGCAAUUUAAAUCUGUUACACUUGAAUUUUAGAAUAAUCUGUAGAUUUUAUAUUGCAUUUCGUUACGUUUUCGUAUAUAAUUUAUAAGAGAUACUGGUAUUUUAAAUUGCAAUUCAUUAUUCAAACAAUAUGUGUAUCAGAUGUUAUACUUGCAUUUAUCACUAACAAAUUCAUUUUAAUACCAAUCUCAAUAGAACGUACGUUUACUUAUAUUCUAAGAAUUACUUUUAUUUUAUUCGACUAUAAU